UUGAGUACAUGAUCCUCGCCACCAUCAUCGCCAACUGUAUCGUCCUGGCCCUGGAGCAGCACCUGCCUGGAGAGGACAAGACCCCCAUGUCUAAGAGACUGGAAAAGACAGAGCCUUACUUCAUUGGGAUGUUCUGCUUUGAAGCUGGGAUUAAAGUGGUGGCAUUGGGAUUUGUAUUCCAUAAAGGCUCCUACCUGAGAAAUGGCUGGAACGUCAUGGAUUUCAUUGUGGUUCUGAGUGGGAUUCUGGCCACAGCGGGAGCUCACAUGAACAUCCCAGUGGACCUGCGGACCCUGAGGGCCGUCCGUGUGCUCAGACCCCUCAAACUGGUCUCUGGAAUCCCCAGCCUGCAGAUAGUCCUGAAAUCUAUCAUGAAAGCCAUGGUGCCGCUGCUCCAGAUUGGCCUGUUGCUCUUCUUCGCCAUUCUCAUGUUUGCCAUCAUCGGCCUGGAGUUCUACAGCGGGAAGCUCCACAGCACCUGUCUGCCCAUGCCCAAUAUCCUAGAGAAUGAGACGGUGGACAAGUCUGAGUCAGAGUUCCCGUGUGGGGUAAGGAAGUGCCCUGACAAGUACACCUGCCAUGACACCUGGAUCGGCCCCAACGACGGCAUCACCCAGUUUGACAACAUCCUGUUUGCUGUGCUCACUGUCUUCCAGUGCAUCACCAUGGAGGGCUGGACCACCGUGCUCUACAACACCAAUGAUGCUUUAGGCCCCACUUGGAACUGCAUGUACUUCAUCCCUCUGAUAAUCAUUGGCUCCUUCUUCGUGUUGAACCUGGUAUUGGGAGUGCUCUCAGGAGAGUUUGCCAAAGAGAGGGAGCGGGUUGAGAACCGCAGGGCGUUCAUGAAGCUGCGGAGGCAACAGCAGAUUGAGAGGGAACUCAAUGGCUACCGGGCCUGGAUUGACAAAGCAGAGGAGGUGAUGCUUGCAGAGGAUAAUAAGAAUUCAGGACCGUCUGCUCUUGAUGUGCUGAAGAGGGCCACAAUCAAGAGGAGAGAGGAGAGGAGAGGACUGGACCAGCAGUAUGGUGACAUAUCUUCUGUGGGGAUCCCGAUGACCAGAGCCAGCAUCAGGAGUGCUAAGAGAGGACCCACCGCUUAUUUGAAGCGUAAGGAGCGUCUGCUGCGGAUCUCUCUCCGCCGCAUGGUGAAGACACACAUCUUCUACUGGACCGUACUGGGCCUGGUGGCCCUCAACACACUCUGUGUUGCCAUCGUCCAUCACAACCAACCCCACUGGCUGUCUGUGUUCCUCUACUAUGCAGAGUUCCUCUUUCUGGGUCUGUUUCUCACUGAAAUGUGUUUAAAGAUGUACAGCCUGGGACCCAGACUCUACUUCCACUCCGCCUUCAAUCGCUUCGACUGCGGGGUGAUAGUGGGAAGCAUCUUUGAGGUGAUGUGGGGAUUCUUCAGGCCUGGCAUGUCCUUUGGCAUCAGUGUGCUGCGUGCGCUCCGUCUGCUGAGGAUAUUCAAGAUCACCAAGUACUGGGCGUCGCUGAGGAACCUGGUGGUAUCCCUGAUGAAUUCUAUGAAAUCAAUCAUCAGCCUCAUUUUCCUCCUCUUCCUCUUCAUCCUGGUCUUUGCUCUGCUGGGCAUGCAGCUCUUUGGUGGCAGGUUCAUCUUUGAAGACUACACUCCUACAAACUUUGAUACUUUUCCUGCCGCCAUCAUGACUGUAUUUCAGAUUCUGACGGGAGAAGACUGGAAUGAGGUGAUGUACAAUGGGAUCCGCUCCCAGGGAGGAGUGAAGUCAGGAAUGUGGUCCUCCAUAUACUUCAUUGUACUCACACUCUUUGGUAACUACACGCUGUUGAAUGUUUUCUUGGCCAUCGCUGUGGACAAUCUGGCCAACGCCCAGGAACUAACCAAGGAUGAAGAGGACGAAGAGGCUGCUUUCAAUCAGAAACAUGCUCUCCAGAAAGCAAAGGAAGUAGGGGCCAUGUCUUCCCUGAUGUCAUCAGAGAGGGAGAGGAGUAGACGGAUGACCAUGUCUGUGUGGGAGCAGAGAACCAGCCAACUGCGCAGGCACCGGCAGAUGUCCAGCCGAGAGAUUCUCUUCAGCAACCCCAGUGAGGAGCAGGAAGCGCCCCCUGGCUGUCCCCACCACCUCAAAGCAACAGGCACACCCACAGGCAGCCUGAAGCUGGCUGAUCCCACGGCUGACCCUAAGGACUUCACAGCUAAGCCCCCAAAGCCCAUGGAGAUGCCCCUAGAGGAACCAGCCCUGUCCAUGGGUGUCCCUGAGCCCCACUUAUCCAGCCCUUUACCAGAGCCACCCGAUCCCACUGACACGCCCCUGCCUGACCCCCCCACGUCCACAGCUGUGUUCAUACCGGAGCCUACAGAAUCUGAGCCAUGCCCAGAGGGCAAGCGUGGCAUCCCCAACCACUGCCACCAAGGCUUCAAUGGCCGCAGGAGCCCCUGGUUGAAUGGGGAGAGAAGGCAGAGAGCGGUGCGUAAGUUCCGCCCUCCUGCUGGUGACACCCUGACCACUGACAUGGAAGGCAUGAGGCUCAGGAGGCCACAGGGCACAGGGCAUUGUGAGGCUCAGGCUGGGGCCAGAGGCCUGGACUCACCUCAGGCGGAGGGCAGCAGUCGCUCUGUCAGCAUGGAGAGGAAGACCCCAGAGGACCCAGUGGAGGAGGUGAGGAAAGACGGUAACAAGGGAGAAACCAGCCAACCUUCCAAGACCAGGGAGGCUGAACACAGACAGAGGGACCAUGAUCAGACUGGGGGUCCUGAGCUGCAGAACAGGGAGGAGGGUCUACAGUCAGAUCCACCCACCCUGCAGCCAUCUCAGGCUGCAGUUCUGGCGCUACCAGAGGGCCCCACAGGAGACAGUGAGACCGAUAGCAAUGCCACCACUCUGAACCAGUCCCCUCUGAGUUCCAGUAUCGUCAUCGAGGUGACCGAUGUCCAGUUGUCACUAGAGCUCACCCCCAUCACAGGCAACAGUAAAGAUGUGGAGGCGUCCAAGCCUGAGAAGAACGAGGAAGAGGUGGCCAACCCAGUCAAUACUGUCACACCUGACAGUAUGUUCAUCUUCAAACCUGACAAUCCGAUCCGCCGGGCCUGUCACUAUGUGGUGAACCUGCGUUACUUUGAGAUGUGCAUCCUGCUGGUGAUCGCUGCCAGCAGUAUCGCCCUCGCUGCAGAGGACCCCGUUUCAGCCACCUCCGACUGGAACAAAGUUUUGCGUUACUUUGACUACGUGUUCACAGGUGUCUUUACCUUUGAAAUGAUAAUAAAGAUGAUAGACCAGGGCUUGAUUCUCCAUGACGGCUCCUACUUCCGGGACCUGUGGAACAUUCUAGACUUUAUCGUGGUGGUCGGAGCUCUGGUUGCCUUCGCCCUCACGAAUGUGCUGGGAAAUAAUAAAGGACGGGACAUCAAAACCAUCAAGUCUCUUCGGGUGCUGCGCGUCCUGAGGCCCCUGAAGACCAUCAAGAGACUACCGAAACUCAAGGCAGUGUUUGACUGUGUGGUGACCUCUCUGAAGAACGUCUUCAACAUCCUCAUCGUCUACAAGCUCUUCAUGUUCAUUUUCGCUGUCAUCGCUGUGCAGCUGUUCAAGGGGAAGUUCUUCUACUGCACUGACGGAUCCAAAGACACAGAGAAGGACUGCCAGGGCUUCUACAUCAACUAUGAGAAAGACAAGCAGGAGGUGAAGAGGAGGGAGUGGAGGAGACAUGACUUUCACUAUGACAAUAUAGUCUGGGCCCUACUCACUCUGUUCACCGUCUCCACUGGGGAAGGCUGGCCACAGGUCCUGCAGCACUCUGUGGAUGUGACAGAGGAGGACAGAGGACCCAGCCAGGGCAACAGGAUGGAGAUGUCCAUCUUCUAUGUCAUCUACUUUGUGGUCUUCCCCUUCUUUUUCGUCAACAUAUUUGUGGCUCUCAUCAUCAUCACCUUCCAGGAGCAGGGAGACAAGAUGAUGGAGGAGUGCAGCUUGGAGAAGAAUGAGAGGGCUUGCAUUGACUUUGCCAUAAGUGCCAAACCCCUGACCCGCUACAUGCCUCAGAACAGACAAACGUUCCAGUACCGCCUCUGGCACUUUGUGGUCUCCCCCUCCUUUGAGUACACCGUGCUGGCCAUGAUUGCACUCAACACCAUUGUCCUGAUGAUGAAGUAUUACUCAGCCCCACCAGUGUACGAGGCUGUGCUGAAACACCUGAACACAGCCUUCACUGUGCUCUUCUCUGUGGAGUGUGUCCUCAAGAUCAUGGCAUUUGGCUUUCUGAACUACUUUCGAGACACUUGGAAUAUAUUUGACUUCAUCACGGUUUUGGGAAGCAUCACAGAAAUAGUGGUGGACCUGCAGUCAAUUGAGACCUUCAACAUGGGUUUCCUGAAGCUGUUCCGAGCUGCUCGACUGAUCAAGCUGUUGAGGCAGGGUUACACCAUCCGCAUCCUGCUCUGGACCUUUGUCCAGUCCUUUAAGGCUCUCCCCUACGUCUGUCUGCUCAUUGCCAUGCUCUUCUUCAUAUAUGCAAUCAUCGGAAUGCAGGUUUUUGGAAACAUCAGACUGGAUGAAGAGACUCACAUCAACCAACACAACAACUUCAAAACCUUCUUUGGUGCUCUGAUGUUGCUAUUCAGGAGUGCCACGGGGGAGUCGUGGCAGGAGAUCAUGCUGUCAUGUUUAGGGGGGCAGAAGUGUGAGCCAGACCCCUUAGCUCUAACGUCAGACCAUGAGGAGCGCUGUGGAACUGAGUUUGCCUACUUCUACUUUGUUUCCUUCAUCUUCUUCAGCUCAUUUCUGAUGCUGAAUCUGUUUGUGGCUGUGAUCAUGGACAACUUUGAGUACCUCACCCGGGAUUCUUCCAUCUUGGGGCCUCAUCAUCUGGAUGAGUUUGUUCGUAUCUGGGGUGAAUACGACCGAGCUGCUUGUGGAAGGAUUCACUAUAAGGAGAUGUACACAGUAGUACGCACUAUUUCACCUCCCCUGGGCUUUGGAAAGAACUGCCCCUACACCGUGGCCUGCAAGAGGCUAGUGCUGAUGAACAUGCCCGUGGAUGAGGAGAUGUCUGUUCACUUCACCUCCACCCUCAUGGCCCUGAUCCGAACUGCCCUGGAGGUCAAGAUAGCCAGAGGAGGGGAGGACAGGGGGCAGAUGGAUUCAGACCUACAGAAGGAGAUCAGUAUCAUCUGGCCACACCUUUCUCAGAAGACGCUAGACCUGCUCGUCCCCAUCCACAAAGCCAAUCAUAUGACCAUUGGGAAGAUCUACGCAGCUAUGAUGAUCAUGGACUACUACAAGCAGAGCAAAGCCAAGAAGCUCAGGCAACAGCUGGAGGAGCAGAAACAUGCUCCCAUGUUCCAGCGUAUGGACGCAUCCUCUCUGCCUCAGGACAUCCUCUGCAGUGCCAAAGCCCUCCCCUUUCUGACCCGCAGCGCUGGAUCUGCCCUGACCAGAGGAGGGUUUGUGGCCUUGAGUCCCAUCUCCCCCCAGGAGAUGUUCAUGCAGCCCAUGUCCCAGGACCUUGAGGAUAAAGAGGAGGACUACCACCACUAUCACCACCACCACCACCAGCUCCACACUCCGGUUCCGGAGCGCAAAGAGUUUAACCGCAUCCUUUGCCCUACUAACAGGCAGGAUGCCCCACUCAAGGUGCCCGGGUGGGCAGUCUCUAUCCGAGCCUCGUCUAUGCCUCAGCUGGCUGUAGACACACAGGUUGGGACGGACAGCAGCAAAUUGAUGAAACGCUCCUUCUCCACUAUUGGUGAUCAGUGCGUAAAUGGGCUGUGGCAGGAGGAGUACUCUCUGGAGAGGGUCAGUUCUGACCGUCUGUAUAGACCACGACAGAGGAGCAUCAGAGGCAUCAGGUCCAACCUCAGGGAACCAGUGGAUCAAGAGCGGGGGCGCUCCAAAGAGCGGCGCCACCUGCUGUCUCCCGACGUGUCCCGCUGCAACUCUGAGGAGCGGGGCCAGGACCCGUCACAGGAACGCAAGCAGUCCCGCUCCCCCAGCGAGGGACACGCACAUGUCCACCAUAGACAGGGCAACACUUCAGGCAGCCCAGGCCCGCCUAACUCUGAGUCCAGCACCCCCAGUGGCCGUCGGCAGCUCCCCCAGACGCCAUCGCGGCCACGCCCUCACAUCUCCUACUCCCCCCUGAUAUGCCGAGCCCACCCCUCCCCCCCUGCUGUCAGCGAGGGCAGAGCCCAGACCCAGGAGGCCCCUGGAGAGACGGAGGAGCCCUUGUGGAGGGAGGAAGAGGAGAGGCCAGCCCAGGUGGCAGGAGGAGGAUCGGGGGUGGGGGUGGUAGUAGGGGUGAGUGACCCAGGGUUAGGGGUCAGUCACCCACAUCCCUCCCCUCACCGGUACAUCUCGGAGCCAUACCUGCCCCUGCACGAGGAGUUCCACAGCCCAGACUCCUCAGGCCUGGAGGAGACUCUGACCUUUGAGGUGGCCAUUGCAACCAGUCUGGGUCGGGCCAACACCAUCAGCUCUGCCCCCCAGCUCAGACACAACUGGCAGGUCCCCAACGGACACUUCCAUAAACGCCUGGGUCAGGCCAGCUCUGUGGCCGCCUGCGAGCUCCUGUGUGACACCGACGAGGAUGACCGCUGUUAGGGCCGGGACUGGGAGAGGAAGAGGAGGAAGAUGGACAGCAAAACUGGGUACCAGAGAGACAGGGGUCCUCAGUCUGAAGUACACUGUCAGGGCGUGUACUGAGUGUGCAUCUGUCUGUGUGUGUGUGUGUAGGAGUGCAAUAUGUUUGCCAAAUAAAUAAGACAGGGAAGAUAUGGGAAGUGCACUGCUGACGUACAGUGCAAAAGUUCACCAGUUGCAUUUUGAUUGUUGUUUGAACAAAGUCGAAUAACUGGGGAGAAUGUGUCCUCACUGCUUAGACCUAUGAAAAAUAAUAAGUAUGUUUCAAGUACAGUAUGUAGCUGAAAAUAGCAUGUGAGACUGAAGUAGCAGGAAUGUAUUAAAAUUGUUCUCUUUUCCUCAUGUAAGAUAAGAAGAAAGCUCUCAAUUGUUAGAUCUUUGUGGAUCAUGAAACCGUGAUUGGUGUGUAGGGAUCCGAAGCAGACAUUGGCUGUCACAUCAGACACUGCUUUAAAACAACCCAGCUAGCACAUUUGGUUGCUUGGAAAUUGUGGCAACGAAAGUUCUUGGUCCUGGCAACGAAGCCAUAAGUUUCUUCACCAGUAAAAUGCAACGUUUUUUAAACAUUCUGAGAAUGGAAGUGAAAAUAUUGUCUCUUCUGGGAAAGUACAUUUUUAGGUUGCAGAGAGGAUCUGAGAACAUUUUACUAUGGUUACCUGAAAGUUUUAUUAACGUUCUGAGAACGUAAAUUAUAGGUAGUUUUACUGUUUUGAACUCCAAGCACAGAUAGGACAUUCAUGAGGCAUUAAUCAUGCAAACACAUUUUUUUUUUUAUUGUGGCACAGCGCCAGUGAGAUUCAAACCUAUAAUCCUCUGUUUUCUAUUCAUGGAAUUAGUCCACUGUGCCACCAGGAUGUAGUUAGCAUGCCAUGCUUUUUUUAACUUAAACAAAGCUGUUAAUUUUACUCUAUUCAACAGACCCUAUUUCAAAGGAAACACGCACUUAUUAAGAUCAGGUGUGGCUCAUUAGUGGUCAUGGUCAACACACCUGAACACACUUAAGAGUAUAGAGAGAGUUUUGUUGAUGCUGUGAACGGAAUGUGCAGUAAAAAGUUUGGAC